UAUCAAGAGACUUGUAAGAUGCAGGUAUCUUUCACUUGAUGAGGCAGGCCAAUACAAGUGGGAGGUAACUCGUCCUUCCUUUCUCCCAUUCAGGUGUAUACGUUGUCCAGUGAAAAGAAACAGCAGAUUCCGGCUACAUGGGGCAGACACGUAGAGCAGCUGGAAUAAAGAACCUGGACAAAGAACUGAAGCACUUUGAGAUUUCUUCAGGUGGACGUUGAAAAUAGCUUUUGAUGGUUCUGGACCUUUUUAAUUUGACCCACAGCAAUGCUGCUAUUUUUUCAGACAGAGGUUGUGGACUGGGCUGACCCCUGGUGCUUCGGAAGAAACUGCUAGAUAAGGUAAAAAGAUGGCUUAUCACAAAGUCAGUGGAGACCAGAAGGCGCAAUACCUCGAUAACGAUGACCUCCAAGCCACUUCCUUAGAACUGGAAUGGGACAUGGAGAAAGAAUUGGAGGAGCCUGGCUUUGACCAUUUCCAACUGGAUGGGACAGUCCACCAACCUGUGGGGCACACACAAAACAUCGACAUUGACCUGGAGCCCAUUCAGCCAUCAGCAUCACCUAAGGGAAGGUUCCAGAGACUUCAGGAGGAUCCAGAUUAUGUCUCCCAUUAUACACGACCUCCACCAAAGAACAGUCGCUGCAGCUUUUGCUGCAUGCUUAAGCUAUUUUGCACUACAAUGAGUUUAUUUAUUUUGGGGAUUUUGAUAGGCUACUAUGGACAUACAAAAUGCCCUCCUUCCUCUGCUUCUCCAGAACCAAGUAAUCCUCACAUCAGCCAGGAGAUUCUUAAUGAAAUCAAAGCAAAGGAUCUUGCACAGAUUUUCAGAGAUUUGAUACAGUUGCGUGAGAAAGAAGAGAGAGAGAUUGCAACGAAGCUUCUGAUUCAAUGGGCGUCCUAUGGCCUUGAAGAUGUCCAGCUUGUAAAUUACUCUGUCCUGCUUGAUCUGCCAGGACCUUCUCCAAAUACAGUGACUCUGAAUCACACUGCCGAGUGCUUUUAUCCUAGUGGACAGCCAUGUAACAAAGAGACCCAAAAGCUUCACAGUCAAGACCUCCUGUAUUCCUACGCUGCUUACUCUGCCAAAGGAACUCUCAUGGCUGAAGUCAUUGAUGUGCAGUAUGGAACUGUGGAAGAUUUGCUCAGGAUUCACAGCAUUAAAAAUGUCUCUGGGAAAAUUGCGCUUUUGAAACUAGGACAUUCGCCUCUAUUGUAUAAGCUUUCUCUACUAGAAGAGGCAGGUUUUGGAGGUGUCCUUCUUUAUAUCGACCCUUGCGAUUUACCAAAGACUUGGAACAUGAGCAAUAAAGCUUUUAUGGUGUCCUUAAACAGUGGAGGUGACCCUUCAACGCCUGGAUACCCAAGUAUUGAUGGAAGCUAUAAACAGGACCGAUCAAACCUCACUUCUCUAUUAGUCCAGCCUAUUUCUGCGAUGCUGGCCAGAAAGCUGCUUUCUUCCCCAGAGACAGGUCAUGAAAAUGAAGCUUGCAAGCCACUGGAAUUGUCUGCUGCAGCAGAAAGGAAAAUCAUCAUUCUCAAUGUACAGACACAACCAACAUACAGGACAAUGUCUAAUAUUAUCGGGUACUUAAAAGGAGCUACGCUUCCUGAUAGAUACGUCAUAGUUGGUAGCCAUCAUAGCAGCUUAAAUGGUUACACUAGCCAACAGUGGGCACACGGCACUGCGGUGAUGACAGCCUUCAUCCAAGCCUUGAUGCUGAAGGUGAAGAGAGGCUGGAGGCCUGAUCGAACCAUAAUUUUCUGCUCCUGGGGAGGAACAAUAUUUGGCAAGGUUGGCUCCUAUGAAUGGGCAGAGGACUUCCAGAAAGUUCUCCAGAGAAAUGCCGUGGCAUAUGUGAGUCUCCACAAUCCAAUAAGAGGCAAAGCUAUUUUGCAGUCUAUAGCAUCCCCUUCCCUUCAGCAACUGGCAACUGAGAUUCGAAAGAGACACAACUUCAGCUGUCUUGGACGAGACAAGUGCAUGGGAUCGAAUGUCAGCUCUGUACAGAUGCAAGGUGAUUCUGAUUAUUUCAUCAACCAUCUCGGGGUUCCGGCUGUACAAUUUUCAUAUGAGGAUUCUACAGCAUUAGAGAGUGCAAGUUUUCUCUCUGAAGCCCUGUUUUCUGAACAUUCAACAAUAUCAGAGGAGCUGGAUUCCUCUUUUAGCCUGCAUGAAUCCAUCGCUAAGCUGACAGGAGAAGCAACUUUGCAAAUUGCCAGCAGCCCAGUUUUGCCCUUUAAUGCUCUUGAUAUUGCAUUAGAAGUUCAGAAGAACCUUAAAGCAGGUGACCAUCUGGAUAUUGACCAGCUCCUGACAAUGGCUGAUACUCUGAGGGAGAGUGCACAGUUGUUCCAGUCGGAUGAGAUGCGUCCAGCAAACGACCCCAAAGAAAGAGCUCCCACCCGUGUAAGAAUGCUGAAUGAUGUAUUGCAGAACCUUGAGAAAAACUUCUUAGUUCAACAAGUUCCUUCAGGAUUUUACAGAAACAUCCUUUACAGACUGGAUGAAAGGACACACCAAUUUUCAGUCCUGCUAGAGGCGGUGGAACGCUGCAAGCUACAUCAGUCAAAUGAGACUCUUCAAGCAGCCUUGUCAAAAGUGCUGAACAGCUUCAAUUCAGCUCAGGUUUCUUUCAAAGCAGGACUCGAUGUCUUUGAAGCAGCCUUCGUGGGAAGCAAAUGAGGAAACUGUCCUCUUUCGUGUCCACAUACAGUCGAGAACUUUGUUUACAUUUCGCAAAGGAAACCUUUGAACUGGACCAGAAAUUCCAUUGGGUUGAAACCUUUUCUUUUAUUUUGUUUUCAACUCUUUAAAACAAGAAGAGUCCUCGUUUCAAGGUAUCAUAUUGUACGUUUAGAUAAAUCUAAAGCAGCCUUUUGCACUGUUGACAAUUUAUCACAUAUGUCUACUUCUGAAUGUGUAAAAAGAGUAAGGGAAUGAGGAAGACUGACCAUUUGACUUUUAGAGGUGAAAUCUGCUAUAGUGUGUGUUUGUGUGUAUGUGUGUGUUGUGCACUUCUGCACACAUCUAUAUAUGACCAAAAAUGUUGAUCAGCCUCCAAAGAACCUUCUUAGGGGUUCCUUAGAUAUACUAAGUCAGUUUUUUACUUUCCCCAUGGAAUCGUAGACCACCAUUCUGUAUCACAAAAUGCUUUUGAAAUUCCUCUCCAUUUCAAAGGUGAUUUGCCAUGUGGUGCUAGUAAGCCAUCUUGAACACGCUCCAUGAUUCUUAUAAUCUAGGGUAUUAAAUCCUGCAAAACACUAAGUGGCUUCUUCCAGGUUUAUAUAAAGAAAACUUCAAAGAUGCACAGAGGAUGAUUUAUUGGCCCAAUGCAUUCUGAGUCUGCCGAGUCUUCCUCAGAGAAGUGAAUGAAUUUAGUUCUGAUUUGGCUCAAAAAUUCCCAAAAUCAUUUUAUAUUUUUUAUUGUAAGGGUGUGCAGAACGGUUUGCAGUAGGAAUGUUCCAAUCGUGAAACAGGCCAUUUGAAUAUUCCAAGCUUGGAACAGAAUGCCCUUCAAAUUGGUAUCUCACUUUCCACUACAAUACUGCUCAGGAUGACUCACAGACAAUACAACUAAUAAAAUAAUAUAACAUUUCUAAAAUUUAGUUUUUUAAAAGCCCCAAUUUAAACCAGGUUUACCAAUUAAACACCUACUAGAAACAAAGAAUAAAACUUAAAAUGCCACUCUAAAAAGAUGGGGUUUUUAUUGUUUCUUAAAAACCCUGAGUGAGGGGAAAUGGUGAAGGUCCUCCAGGAGGAGGGCAUUCCAAUGCUGAGGGACUACAUCCCAAAGGCCUUGUCUCUGUCUGGUCCCUGCCAACCAGUUCUCAGUCAAUGGCAGGACUGCCUACAGGCUCUUUUCCGCACCCUCUUAAGGUACUUUUCAGUGGAAAAAAAGAUGUAGAGAUAAUUUUGGUCAUUUUUCAAAAGAGCUAUAUCAGCUGUCCCUGAGGAAAACUCCACAGCAGUGAAACACAUUAAGUCAGAGGUUCUCAAACUCAGGUCUCCAAUGUUGAAGAUUGUGGCUGGGUAUGAUAGUAGUAAUAGUCAACAACAUCUGGAGACCCAACUUUUAGAACCCUGCAUUAAGUCAAUAAACUAGGAAUGUGCAUGGAAUGACAUUUGUAUUCUGUUCUAAGCUCGGAACGGAACACAAAUGUCCUGGAUCAUUCCGUCAGAAGAACCACUCAAGCCAGUUGUUCCGACAGAAUGAGCUCGGAACACUCGAAAUAUUCUGAGCACUAUUUUGGAGUCCAAAAUAGUGGCAAUGGGCCAGAAGAACUGGCUGUUAAAUUGGUGCCAGCAACACAGAAAACUCUGCUUCAUAAUCUCAGCUCGUUAUCCCACUGCUUACAUUUUUCUAGACAGACAAGACUAAUGAUUAAGCUUUCCUCACCUUGCAGGUAGAUAGUCACAUCUUCUGGGGAUGACAAGGUUAGUCAGAGUCAGGAAGUUUUGAUGCUUCCAUAGUUAUCUUGUGAGAAGGAGAUAUUCAGCUACAGUCUUUCCCCGCCAUUGCACAUGCAAGGGCACAUCUUGACCAUUUUGAAUGUAGCACAACCACCAGCCACAGCUAAAUGGCAAUAUGCAUAGGACCCAUGGUUGCUGCCAUUCUGCUCUUUUAGGAGAUGAGCAUGAGACCUAUUUGACCCCAUCUAGUUAGAUUUCUCAUCAAUAAAAGUAAAUGACAGGCAAGAUUCAAAGUGCUCCAGUGGAAUAAAAACUGGAAUGCUUCAGGGAUGGUUAAGGCAACCAUGGCAGAAGCUACUAAAUGCCUUGAAAAGCAUAACAGAUAGCCUAGUUCUCAGUUUCCAAAUCCUGAGACAAUCCCUGCUUUCCAUUAACGACAGGCUGCAGCUUUCAUUGUGCCACAGAUGAGAGCAUGCAGUUGAGCUCUUGACACCUUGCAGGUGGCCUACAGCAUUUGAAGGCAAUCUCAAUUCAUGUGGAUGCUGUGCAUGACUAGUGCUAUUUGUGAUCACAGACCUGCAGUGCCCACUACAAAUGCUGGUAUUAUGCUUCCCUUUCCACGCACAAUAGAAGCAGGCUGAUGAGACAAUUAUAUUUGUGCGAAUUAAUUUCUGUCUAUGCAUAGAGAUGAUUCCAGUUGGGACGCUCAUGGACACUGAAUUUGCUUGGUGCAUCAAUUGGUCCCAGAUCUUUGCAGUUUUGAAAUUAACUGAAAAUGAAAGUGAGACAUAAAUCUAGCUUGACCUACAUUAGAUCUUUGAGUCUCGUCUUGUCUCACUUACUGUAGGGCUCCUCUUAUGAUUUGGCCUCUUAAUGGAUUAAAGAAGAAAGAACUGAAGGAGGGUUGGCUGGUGUCCAGAGCAUUUUGAUCAUUCUCUUACUAAAGGAUAAGCACUUUGCAAGAGAGUCCUCAUGAAACAAGACCCUGGGGUCUUGCCUAAUGUAUGGUUCUCAGUGAGACCUUGUGUGCAGCCAUGUUGCAUUCAUAUAAGGGUUGAAGUUACCCCGCCACCCCCGCCAAAACACUGAACAUGGCUGCAGUAUCUAUUAUAUGGGAGCGACUGGUUUUUCUGUAGCUACAGCAGAUGAAGAGGAUUCAUUACGCAUUUGAAUUUUAAAAAUAGUUUCCCAGGUAUCUUUUUUAGUUACAUUGUUAAGAGAUGUGGAAUAGUCAACACACAUUCUUGGGGGUUGCUAGAUGUUUUGCUUUCCCUUUCCAAGCAACCACUGACAUGUCCAGCAUGCUGGGAAUUCCCAUUUGCUCUCAAGAGGGAGAGUGUGGG